AUGUUCUUAUUUAUUAUUCUAUUUUCAUCAUUCGUCUGUUCGCUCUAUUCCUUCAAUUAUCAAACUGUAGAACAUUGGAGAUAUCUGAAGCAAGAACAAUCACCUUUUCUAUUGUCAAAAACGCCAUCUUAUUUUGGCUAUUCCCUAGCAGUUCAUCGGUCAAGUCUAUUAAUUGGUGCACCUCGCGAUCAUUCGUACUAUGAUGUUGUCACUCGACGUGGAACUGUGUGGAAGUGCGAGUUUUACUCGGAUGGUCAAUGUCAACGAUUGCCAUUUCGUCGUGAUGGUGAUGUUAAUGUACGUGUUGGAACUUCGUUCGAUAAUAAGACGGAUCAAUGGCUGGGUGCUUCCAUUGCUGCGAAUAAUGAUAAUAUUAUUGCCGGCUCACCGUUUCUUAAACAUCGUGUCAACGAUGGACAAGCUGUCGAGUAUGAAAUUCCAGGUGGCGCAUCUAUUGGGAAAUAUGAACGAUCGUUAUCAAUGACGAAUAGCACACAGAUCUAUUCUCCAUCGUUUCUCAAUUGGCAUUCUCGUAACUACAAUCAAGAAGGCUAUGGCCUUUUCGGUUUUCAAGUUAUCUUGAGUAAAAAACCCGAACGUAUCAUUAUAUCCGCACCCGGAUCGUUUUACUUCCGAGGUGAAGUUCAUUCACUUCCGAUUCUCGAGCAUAAUUGGAUUGAUUCACGGCAUCCAUUUAUUGCACCACAUUAUCCAUGGCGUGAACUCGGCUGGCUUCGAUAUCCAUCGAAUUAUUCCUCGAACGAAUAUGACGAUUGGUGUUACCGAGGUUAUGCUGUUGCUGUAGGAAAUUUUAAUGGCGAUGAUAAUCAAGAAAUUAUUGUCAGUAUACCGAAAUUACAUAAUUAUCGUGGAGCAGUUGAAAUCAUGAACAGUAAUCUUGAUGAAUCUUCCAUUCGAACAAUAAACGGAACGCAAAUUGGGGAAUAUUUCGGUGCAUCACUCUGUGUGAUAGACAUCGACAACGAUGGAUUGGAUGAUUUAUUAAUUGGUGCACCUUUAUACACGGUUAAAAAAGACGGUCGAAUUCUAGCCGACGCCGGGCGAGUCGAUAUAUACUACCAAACACCCGAGCAUAAUCUUAUACGUAAACAAACAAUCGAAGGAACACGCGACGGAGGACGUCUAGGACAUGCGAUAGCCAACCUAGGUGAUAUUGACAAAGAUGGUUACAAUGAUGUUGCAAUUUCGAUUCCAUUUGUAAACUCGGGUUCAUCGAGUAUGGUACAUAUCUAUCGUGGCUCAAAAGAUGGAUUAAUUCUAACACCUUCUCAAGUUUUACAAACGCUAUCCAUGAAUGGCUUCGGCUGGGCAUUACAAGGUCAAUUUGACUACGAUAAUAACGGCUAUUUAGAUUUAGCCGUAAGCAGUAUCCAAACGGAAACAGUGGCUGUUAUUUUGUCGAGACCAAUUCUUCAUGUACAAACGAAGUUACAACACAAUUCGCCAACAAUGCCGCUCAAUUGUACGAUACAAAGUGAAAGUACAUGUUUUAUAUUGACAAUAUGUAUUUAUAUAAAUGACCAAAACUAUCAACAUUCAAGACGCGAUACUUUAACAUAUGAAAUCCAAUUAGAUAAAGAUAAAGAUCCAGCCGAUCAGCGUCUCUUUUUUCGCGAAUCGUUCAAAUCCAUCAAAAAAAGACACUUCAAAACAUCCGACCGCAUCUGCCAUGACUAUUCAUUGUAUAUGAAGGAUGAUAUCAGUGAUAAACUACAUCCAAUUCGUCUGCAAAUAAACUAUGUACUUUCAUCGAAAGUAGAAGCGAACUUCGUUCCACCUAUUCUCAAUCCUGAAAAUUCGACAUUCGACUAUGACAUUCCGAUUCAGAAAGACUGUGGCUACGACGAUAUCUGUGUGUCAGACCUUCAUCUAACAACAUCACAUUGGCCUGAUGUCUACAAAGUUGGUUUGACCAAAAAGAUAUUACUCAAUAUGAAUGUCACCAAUACAGGAGAAAAUGCCUAUGAUACACAAUGUUUGAUACAGUUACCCGUUGGUGUUGAAUACGUCCGUUCUAAUACGAGCUCCACAGUUAAUCUUUAUUGCAAUCUACAAAAACAAUCUGAUCGACUUGUUGUAUGUCAUAUUGGUAAUCCUUUUCUCGCGAAUGGAAAUAUUUCAAUUCAAAUUCAUACAGCUGUAAAUAAUUAUUCAGCUAUAGAAACAGAUCCACUUGUAUUCUCAAUAAAUAUAACCAGUGACAAUCCUGAUUUCAAAACAUUAGUCUCAGAAAUCGUUGUUCCAGUUUCAAGUUCGCCUGAAUUAGUUUUCAUUGGUGUUGCUAAACCGGAACAAAUCGCCCUGGAUACAUCUGAUAAUAAUCUUAUUAAGCAUGCAAGUGAUCUGGAAAUCGUUCAUACUUAUACGUUGCAUAACAAAGGGCCAAGUGAUGCAAAACGUACCGAAGUUAAAUUAAUGUGGCCAAUGAUGCCAUUGUCAGGAUUUAAUGAACAUCAACCAUUAUUACAAGCAAAUGAUCUCCCAUCAGUUAUUCGUGUAUCAGAUCCAAAAGCCAAGGUUGAUCGAUGCCAUAUCUACCAACCUACAACGAAUCAUGUGCCUAGUACAGAUAUGUAUCAUCCAGUUAUCAAUAGAGCUCAUUCCACAUUUUCGGAUAAUCUGAUUCGUUCUGAUUCUUCAUCGAUCCAACAUUUUCAAGAUUCUUCCGUACCCACGUUCUGUCAUGGACCAUUAUGCAAAAGUUUUAUUUGUUAUAUUGAUACACUACCAAUUGGUCACAGCGUUUUGAUCCAAUUAAAAGCAAUUCUCCGUCUAAAUCAAUUUCAAUCAAAAAUCGAUCGUUCUAAAACAUUUGCCAUUAUCUCCAAUGCAAGUGCACAAGUUCGAGAAAUUCCUUUAAGAUUUUCAUCCAAUAAAUCAUCGAGGCAAGCAAUCGUUUAUUUAAAGGUAUGUCUUUCAUGUCUUAUGCGCACGAAAGCAAUUACUUCCUUACAUACAUAA